AUGACUUCCAAUAUAUUCAAAACAGACUUGAAUAUUUUAGUUUUAGGUAAUGGUGGUAGAGAACAUGCUUUGGUUUGGAAGCUAGCGGAAUCCGAUUCUGUUUCCAAAAUAUAUGUGUGUCCAGGUAAUGGUGGUACUGCAUCCAUGAAGAACGAUAAAAUUAUAAAUGUGCCACAAUUAAAUCCAUCUCCAAACAACUUUUCAAAAUUAGCUGAUUUUGCACUUGAAAAAAAAAUUGACUUUGUUGUUCCAGGCCCAGAACAGCCUUUAGUUGAUGGUAUUUUCAAAAUUUUCUACAAGAUCGGUAUUCCAGUGUUUGGUCCAAGUGCUGAAGCUGCCAGGUUUGAAGGUUCUAAGACAUUCUCCAAAGAUUUUAUGUCUAAACACAACAUUCCUACUGCUCGCUAUGCAAAUUUUACCUCUUAUGAAAAGGCUGCCAAAUACUUGGAUAGUGUUGAUUAUAACAUAGUUUUGAAAGCAGAUGGUAUUGCUGGUGGUAAGGGUGUUUUAAUUCCGGAAACUAAACAACAAGCACACAAGGAUUUGAAAACCAUUAUGGUUGAGAAGCAAUUUGGUGACGCCGGUGAUGCUGUUGUUAUCGAAGAAUUUUUAGAAGGUGAUGAAAUCUCUAUUUUGACUAUUUCAGAUGGUUACUCGUAUUUUAAUUUACCAGCUGCUCAGGACCACAAGAGAAUUGGUGAAAACGAUACUGGUUUAAACACUGGUGGUAUGGGUGCUUAUGCACCAGCUCCUGUUGCUACUCCAAAAAUAUUGAGGGAGAUUAAUUCCACAAUUAUUAAGCCAUCUAUCGAUGGUAUGAGAAAAGAUGGGGUUCCAUUUGUGGGUGUUUUAUUUACCGGUAUUAUUUUGACCGAAAAUGGUCCCAAAGUUUUGGAGUAUAAUGUUAGAUUUGGUGAUCCAGAAACCGAAACUGUUUUGCCUUUAUUGAGUGAUUCUACAGAUUUAGCCCAAGUUUUCUUGGCUGCUGUUGAGCAUAGAUUAGAUUCUGUUGAAAUUAAUAUCAAGCCAAACACUUUUGCCACAACAGUUAUUAUUGCUGCUGGUGGAUAUCCGGAAAGCUAUAAAAAAGGGGAUAAAAUAACCAUUGGUAAAAUACCGGACAACACUUUUGUUUUCCAAGCUGGGACCAAAUUAGACUCCAAGAGCAACGAACUGGUUACUAAUGGGGGUAGAGUUAUUGCUGUAACCUCGACUGGCUCGACUAUUAGAGAAGCAUUGGAUACCGUUUAUGCCGGUGUUGAUCAAAUUAAUUUUGCCAAUAAGUAUUUCAGAAGAGACAUAGCCCACAAGGCUUUUAAAAAUGCAGUCAAAGAGUCUAUUACCUAUGCCGCUGCUGGUGUUUCUGUUGAUAACGGUAAUUUAUUGGUUCAAAAGAUUAAAGAUAAAGUCAAGUCUACCAGAAGACCAGGUGCUGAUUCCGAUAUUGGCGGGUUUGGCGGUGUUUUUGAUUUGAAGGCUGCUGGUUACCAAACGGACGAUACGCUCUUAGUUGCUGCCACUGAUGGUGUUGGUACGAAAUUAAGAAUUGCACAAGAAACUGGCAUUCACAAUACAGUUGGUAUUGAUUUGGUUGCAAUGAACGUCAAUGAUUUAGUUGUUCAAGGUGCUGAGCCAUUGUUAUUUUUAGAUUAUUUUGCUACUGGCAGUUUAGAUAUUAAAGUUGCUUCGGAGUUUGUUUCUGGUGUUGCAGAUGGUUGUAUUCAAGCCGGCUGCGCUUUAGUUGGUGGGGAAACUUCUGAAAUGCCAGGGAUGUAUGCACCUGGACAUUAUGAUACUAAUGGUACCGCUGUCGGUGCUGUUCACAAAGAUAAGGUUUUGCCACAGAUAGACGCUAUGUCUGCAGGCGAUAUUCUACUAGGAUUAUCCUCUGAUGGUGUUCAUUCAAACGGGUUUUCCUUAGUUAGAAAGAUCAUUGAACACACUGGUGUGGCAUGGAACGAGACAUGUCCAUGGGAUUCAUCAAAAACUGUGGGUGAGGCUAUUUUGAUUCCAACUAGGAUUUACGUCAAACAGUUAUUACCAUCUAUAAGGGAAGAUUUAUUAUUGGGGUUGGCUCAUAUUACUGGUGGUGGGUUAGUUGAAAACAUACCACGUGCCUUGCCAAAGCAUUUACAAGCCCGUGUUGACAUUUCUGCCUGGAAAAUACCAGAAGUUUUCAAGUGGUUUGGUAGAGCUGGUAAUGUUCCAGUUGAUGAUAUUUUAAAAACAUUUAAUAUGGGUGUUGGUAUGGUUUUAAUUGUUAAGAAAGAAAACGUUGAACGUGUUGAACAAUUACUAAAAGAAGAAAAUGAGAUUUUCUACAAUAUUGGUUAUUUAGUUGAAAAGAAGAAUGCAAAUGAACCUGGUUGUGUUGUUGAAAAUGCUACCAAUCUAUAUUAA